UGUCAACAGAGGAAUUGAAUCCACAGCUGAACAUUUUUCAUUUGGGGAGCAGUCAGUCUGCUGUCCAGGUACAUGCCUUUAAGAUGUAAAUAUGCAGGAGCCCAGUGAGUGAGAGUAUUCAGAUGAUUACAGUCUGUAAACACACCGUAAGGCGUCACCAAAUCAGUUCAGCUUCUGCAUCGACAGCAUCCACUACUGCUUGUAGUAGACCUGGAUUAACAGCGCGUUUGUGUGCAGGUGUACUGUGACAUGAAUUCUCUAGGAGGAGGAUGGACGGUAGGUGUUUUACCAUGUGUUUACGCUUCUGUGUGCAACUUAUGGGAAGAUUAGUCCACCUGUGAUGGGAGCCUGUGUCAUAGCGAUGGCGGCUGUAGAGAACCUGAGAGGGACUCUAAGUCUGAUCCCGGGCUCCACUCUGCAGUUGGUAGAACUACAGUUUCUAGGAACCGUGGCCCAGCUGUAACCCGCUGAAGGACGAGUAGCAGCUAAGCUAGGAGGAAGUGACACGGUCAGUCAGCCAAUAGGACGAGUCACUUACUGGUAAAUAACUUGUUCGAGGGUGGUUGUUGUGUGGAACCACCCUGUGCCAGGUGUUCCAGAGAAGGAUGGAUCGCUGGGCCGCUGACGGCACCAACGCUGGAGGGGAGUUACCCACUCCCUGAACACCAUUAGCAUGAAGACUCGACCCUGGUUAUAAUGUCUGGACAAACGUAAAGCAAACAAUCCCACAGAUUUGUUUGGUCUGCUCAUAAAAGCUGCUGGAUGUCCAGUCCACCAAAUGACCAGGACUGACGAGCAGGAAUUAGACGCUUUAACACACCAUUCAUAUGUAAACCUGCAAUAAACUGCAUCCAUAGAUUUUUAUAAAUAAUAAAAUAAACAAAGAAAGCCUUCUCAUGGAAGGUUGCUACUUUCCUAACUUAUUUAUACUCAUAUCUGGCUUUUAAAAUAGGAUACAGUUCAAAGACGUAGCUCGGUCCAAACAGCUGGAGUCCAGUUCAGCAUUUGUAUCAGCUCAUGAAGUUUGAUGAUAAACCUAUUAUGUGGAGAUGUGUAAUAGACCGUGUGUCACGUUUUCAGUCACAGAAUCAGAGACCAACCGAUGUUUUUCUACUAAAUAAAGGCCCAAAGUAAACACAGCGAGGCCUCAUGUGACCAGUGCACUGCAUUUUGCCCCGGACCCUCAGGUGUGACUCAUGCAGUGUGUGUCAGCCUUUUUAGAAGCAGCUGCUCAGUAAAAUUUCGGAGUGUGGACAUAAGCAACUGUGCAGAGACUGAAAAUUUUCAUCACAUCGCUCAGCUGAACUGCAAUGACGGUCCCAGUCUUCCUCGUCAUCUUCCUCCUGGAGCCCAUGUUGAGCAGCUGCCUGCUCGUCCUGCCUCUGGACUGCUCUGAGGUCUACAAGCAGGACGACAGCAGAUCCAGUGGGGUCUACACCAUCUUCCCCAUCGGACCCACAUCUCCUGUCCAGGUUCACUGUGACAUGAGUCCAGCAGAGCAGUGGACAGUGUUCCAGAGGAGAGUGGACGGGUCGGUGAACUUCUACAGACCCUGGGACCAGUACAAGACAGGCUUUGGUACCGCUGCAGGAGAGUACUGGCUGGGUCUAGAGAAUCUGUUCUACAUGACUGUGAGGAGAAGCUACGAGCUGCUGGUGGACAUGGAGGACUUCAGUGGAAAUAUGGCGUCAGCGCGUUACUCUUCCUUCUCCAUCGACUCUGAGUUCAAUGGAUACAGACUCAACGUGUCUGGAUUCACCGAUGGAGGAGCAGGAGACUCUCUGACUUAUCACAGUGGACAGAAGUUCUCCACCCUGGACAAGGACCAGGACUCUGCAGGGUCUAGCUGUGCCCGCUCGUACCUGGGCGGGUUCUGGUACAGAGAGUGUCACUUUGCCAACCCCAACGGCGUCUACCGCUGGGGGCGGGACGGCACCAUCUACGCUGUGGGCGUCAUCUGGCAGCACUGGAAGGGCUAUGACUACUCGCUGAAGGGCAUCAGCAUGAAGCUCCGUCCUGUACAAACGCAGUGAGCUCACGGAUCCAGGGCUCGGUUGGACCAUCGGGACUGAGGCCGGACAGGAUGAGAACACGGCACUGACUCUUCACUUUCUACAGAUACUAAACCCAGUGCAUGGGCAUGAAGCCUUCAGAGGCAUCAGAACCAGCUCAGUCUGAUUUCUGCUGAUGUUCCAGCUGUGACAGUCUGGAGCCAAGUUUCCUUCUGCUGUUUUAACUGAUUAAAGAGAUGUAGGGUUCUGGAGCUGGCUGUGGUUUCAUGUGUGUCUGAGCCUUUGGUUUGUGGAGACGAAAGGUUCUUCACCAUGACGUAAAUGAUGGCAGCACCAAAGGCGAGUCCUUGGUAUAGAGAUUAGAUUUGUGGGUGUGUAACCAGAUUUGUACUUGUAGACUUAGUGGGGCUAUACCAUGCUUACACUUAUAAUUUGGGCUGUUGAAAUUACGCACAAAUCGUGGCUAAAUUCACAAGUAAAAUAACAUGACCUUAAUUUGCCUCCACGCUCUGAUUGGCUAACAAACAAGGAAGUUAUCGCAGUCCUUUGACGUGGCACAGCAGAUCCUGAAAGCUCCACAAGCAGCAACAAGCUUGUCCACUGACUGAGGACUUUAUUUAUAUUUAAUGAUCGGCUCAUGUUUAUGUGUAUGAAGUGUGACGUGACUGUGUGGAGGUGAUGGAAUUACCCCCACGUUAAACUGGUGUUUCUAUCAUACAUUGAUGUAGCAUGUUAGCCGACAGGCUGUUAGGAAGGCCAUGCUAUGUUAUGAUGCAGCUGGAGUUAAGGUGGGUAUGUUCCAGUAACGCUACCAUUGUGACUCUGUGAUUGUUUAUCAGACUACAAUAAACACAUUUGCUUUAGGUGA